AUGCAGGUCUCCAGCCUCAACGAGGUGAAGAUCUACAGCCUGAGCUGCGGCAAGUCCCUCCCCGAGUGGCUUUCUGACAGGAAGAAGAGAGCACUGCAGAAGAAAGAUGUGGAUGUCCGGAGGAGAAUUGAACUUAUUCAGGAUUUUGAAAUGCCUACUGUUUGUACCACUAUUAAGGUUUCAAAAGAUGGACAAUAUAUUUUAGCAACUGGAACGUAUAAACCUCGGGUUCGAUGCUAUGACACCUAUCAGUUAUCCUUGAAGUUUGAAAGGUGUUUAGAUUCCGAAGUUGUCACCUUCGAAACAUUGUCUGAUGACUAUUCAAAGAUUGUCUUCUUACAUAACGACAGGUACAUUGAGUUCCACUCGCAGUCCGGCUUCUACUACAAAACCAGAAUCCCCAAGUUCGGGCGGGACUUCUCCUACCACUAUCCUUCCUGCGACUUGUACUUCGUUGGCGCCAGCUCUGAAGUUUACAGGUUAAACUUAGAACAAGGACGGUACCUAAAUCCUCUCCAAACUGACGCUGCGGAGAACAACGUUUGUGACAUAAACUCAGUGCACGGCCUGUUUGCCACAGGAACAGUGGAGGGCCGAGUGGAGUGCUGGGACCCGCGGGUUCGGAGCAGAGUGGGCCUGCUGGACUGUGCGCUAAGCAGUGUCACAGCCGAUUCAGAGGUGAACAGCUUACCGACCAUCUCUGCCCUGAAGUUUAAUGGUGCCUUGACCAUGGCAGUGGGAACAUCCACAGGGCAGGUCUUAUUGUAUGAUCUUCGCUCAGAUAAGCCACUGCUAGUUAAGGAUCAUCAGUAUGGGCUGCCCAUCAAGUCGGUCCAUUUCCAGAAUUCUUUAGAUUUGAUUUUGUCUGCAGACUCUCGAAUUAUCAAAAUGUGGAAUAAGAACUCAGGAAAGAUAUUUACUUCCUUGGAGCCAGAACAUGACAUCAAUGAUGUCUGCCUCUAUCCCAACUCAGGAAUGCUGCUGACCGCCAACGAAACCCCCAAGAUGGGCAUCUACUACAUUCCGGUGCUGGGCCCCGCUCCCAGGUGGUGCUCCUUCCUGGACAACCUGACGGAGGAAUUGGAAGAGAACCCAGAAAGCACAGUUUACGACGAUUACAAGUUCGUCACCAGGAAAGACCUGGAGAAUUUGGGGCUCACGCAUCUCAUCGGGUCCCCUUUCCUCCGAGCAUACAUGCAUGGGUUCUUCAUGGACAUCAGACUCUAUCACAAGGUGAAAUUGAUGGUAAAUCCAUUCGCUUAUGAAGAAUAUAGGAAAGAUAAGAUCCGACAGAAGAUAGAAGAAACACGGGCACAGAGAGUCCAAUUAAAGAAAUUGCCGAAAGUUAACAAAGAGCUGGCGCUGAAGUUAAUCGAGGAGCAGGAGGAGGAGCAAAGAGCUACAUGGAAAAAGAAAGUGAAGAACCUUCCUAACAUUCUCACCGACGAUCGGUUCAAAGUUAUGUUCGAGAACCCUGACUUCCAAGUAGACGAAGAGAGUGAGGAAUUCAGGCUUUUGAACCCACUGGUUUCAAAAAUUAGUGAAAAGAGGAAGAAGAAACUGAGACUCUUAGAGCAACAAGAAGCUCCCGAAAAGGAAGAGGAGGAAGAGCCGGAAGGAAGGCCCAGCGAUGCGGAAAGCUCUGAGAGCUCCGAUGAUGAGAAGGGCUGGGUCGACGAGGUCAGGAAGCAGCGGCGGCUGCUGCAGCAGGAGGAGAGGGCGAGGCGGCAGGAGCGGCUCAGGGAGGACCAGCAGACGGUCCUCAGGCCCCAGUUCUAUGAGAUCAAAGCCGGCGAGGAGUUCAGGAGCUUCAAGGACUCCGCCACCAGGCAGAGGCUGAGGAACAAAACCUUAGAAGAUCGGCUGAAACUGGAAGCAAAGAACGGGACGUUGAGUGUGUCCGACACCACGGUGGGCAGCAAGCAGCUGACAUUCACGCUGAAGAGGUCGGAGCAGCAGCAGCAGCAGCAGGCGGCCGAGGAGAUGCACCGGCAGGAGAGGAAGGCGCUGCGCCGCCCCGCCGGCCACCUCAAGUCCCGGCGCAAGCGAGGACGGCCCUUCCCCUGA